ACCAUGUUUAAUGUUUCUUAAAUUUAUGACAUGUAAAAAUAUUAAUUCUUAACAUGGUUUCUAACUGUUAUUUUUUUAAUUUUGAUAUUUAAUAACCUUUUUUUUUUUUAAUAUUUACUGUAAUAAUGAAUUCAUUUCCACCACGAACUGCUACGCUAUUGUAUGAAUUAGACAGUAUGUAUAAAACUUAAAUGGGAGUCCAGAGCAUGUAAUGGCAAAAUACAAAGCGAAAAAAAUAAAAACAAAAAAAAUAUCUUUGGCGGGAAAAUUCUGAAACUACUGAAGUAUACAUUUUUUUUUUCUGUAUUAGAAAAAAUUUUUUCCAAUUUUGAUGUUCUAGUUUUUCUUUUUGUUUCAAUUAUUCACAUUCUAAAUUUUGCCAUUCCAAAUACUGCUGUUCCAUAUGGGACCAUUCUACAUAAUGCUAUUCGUUCACUCAAAUACAUUUUUUAAAAUAUCACUAUAAUUACUUAUUAUACUGUGUCAAAUAUUUUCUAUUUAAUUUUAUUACAAAAAUAACACUAAUUCUAUUUUGCUUUGUUGCAGAAAAACUCAUGGUUCUUUUACGAGAUGGUAGAACGCUUAUUGGAUAUCUAAGGAGUGUUGACCAGUAUGCUAAUUUAUUACUUCAACAAACUGUUGAACGUAUACAUGUGGGUAGGAAAUUUGGUGAUAUACCCAGAGGUGUGUUUUUAGUGAGAGGAGAAAAUGUAGUUUUACUUGGAGAAAUUGUAAGAAUGUUAAUUACUUGUUCAUUGUCUAACAAAAUUAAUUAUUUUAAAAUUUGUAGGAUUCACUACAAGAAGCUGAUCAAAUGUUUGAAAGAGUGUCUAUUGGAGAAAUUUUAGCUUUGCAAAAACAAGAGCAAGAUGCCAAAACUGAAAGAGCAAAAUCUAUUGAGCGAUCUUUGAAAAGAAGAACUACGAGAUAUCCUCCUGACAUUAUUCAAGAUGACUUUCUUUGAUUAACAGUAUAUCAUAAUUAUAAUAACAAAUCAACAAAUUUUGAAACAAAUAUUUUCCAAAUUUAGUUUUUUUUUUACUGAUUGAAAUUUUAUAUUGUAGGGAACUAAAUAGUAAUUUUUUGUUUAGUUAUCAACAUUUACACCUUACAAACUAACCUCGCCCCACCAAUGAAACAAUGACUAAUGUAAAAUAUCAUAUGACAUAUUGUUACAAUUUCUAUGUGUAAAGUAAGUUUUUUAAAAUUUUAAAUUAAAAAUAUAAAAAUAAUUAGUUGUAUUUUAUCUAAUAGCAAUAAAACAAAACUUGUAUUUUUUAUAACCAAACAAAAAUAAUGAAUCUAUUUUUAAUUCAAUAAAAGUUCUAUUGAUUUAAAAUAAUAGUAUUUUAUAUUUAACUAUUACAGAAUUAUUUUUCAUUUUAGAACUAUUAAAUGAAAUAGAGAUUGUCAGAUUUAAUUGAACUAAGUAACAGAUAAAAAUGAGACCGUCAUAAUAAAAUAUUUCUUUUAAAUUAUUUAUUUAUUUAAUUACAUUAAUUCAUUUUCUAGGAGAUACAGAUUAAAUUCAAGACUAAAAAUACUAACUUAACCUAAUAUACAAUGUACCACAAAACUAUAUAUGUAACUUUAAAGCAAUAAUAUUAUAAUGUACUACAAUCAUUGUUAAAUUUUGAUUUAUUAUUCUAAUUAAAAUAAAGUUAUACAUUUUAUAAUUAUUAAUAAUAAUUUAUUAUUUAGUGACUUAGGACAUAAAUUAAAAUAUAAUUUUUGUACAAAUUUUAAUAUGUUUACUAUUUAGUUAAUAUAUAUUAUCCAUAAAGGUUCUUUUGUAAAUUCAACCAUUACCAUUUUAUAAACUUAAUGCUAUUUAAAUGAUAAUUAUGUAUUGUAAUAUAUUAAUUAUUUCGUGAAAAAUUAAAUAAUCUGAUUAAUACAAAAUAAUAUUUUAUGUUUAUUUUCUUAAUGAAUAUGAGUUUACGUAUUGUUAGGUGUGUAGAUAAAAUGUAUUAAAUUUAUUUAUUUAUUUUUAUAUAGUUAUUAAUUUUUUUUAUGUAUACAACAAAAUUGACAUUGACAUCAAUACUUGUAAAUUAUAAUACCAUUUUAAAUUGUAAUUUUGUAGAUUAAUAAAUUAAAUAACAGAUAUAAUUAAUUAUAAAAAAUUUAUUUGGAAUGUGGAAUUUUUAUUGGGAUUUAUUGAAAUAAUAUGUUCUGAUUUUUUUUUUUUUUUAUGUUAAUAAAGUUUCAACUUGUAUACCAAUAGGUGAUUAUAUAAAUUGAAUAUAUUUUAGUUUCAAUGUUUUGUAUUUAUCAGAUUUCUAUUUGACACAAACAAUAUGAGUAUUAUUUUAAAGCUCUAAGUAGAUCACUAUUUGUGAAGAUUCCAAUAAAGUUAAUAAUGUAUUCUACAAUCUUAUACCUCAUCUGACUGUCUUUUAGUGUUCCUCUGCCUCCCUACAUACAUUAUGUCCUUUACUAUAUCCUAUUGUAUUUUUAUAACACAUCCAAGUAUCCACUAUGUUAUUGUGUUUACAAAAGUUUGUGAAAAUACCAAAGCUUUACAACUUUUACAUAAAUAAUAAGUGGAAUAUCUUGUUAAUGGGUUGAUGGAAAUCAAAAAAUUUCAACAUCAAAAUUUAUUUAAACUAAUACUAUUUAUUUAUGACAUUUUGAAUAUAGGUUCUCAUUUGAAUUUCAGAAGUUGAUCCUUAACACAUCCCCAUGAGAGUAAAAAAAAUAACAAAUUAUAAAUCCACCUAUAUAUAUUAUAUAGAGUCAUAAUAUAAGAAAUUUAAUUUCACUGCAAGGAGAAAGUUAAAAAAAAAACCUUUGACCUGGUAUAGAUUAUUAUUAUUAUUUAGUAUUAUUUAUAAAUACUUCAAGCUAGAACCAUUUCAACCAGUAUACAAGUAGGCGACUACACUUGUAUGAGCUAAAUGCAAAGAGAACGAAAAGACAAAAUAUGAAAUUAAAACAAGUUAUUAUUAUAGAUAAAACUUAAUUUUUCUUAAACUACAUUACACAAAAUGCAUUUUCUACAAUUAAUUUUAUUGAAUGUUGACUGGUAUAACAAAUAUCACAUAAACAAAUAAAACGUAAAAAGCAACUAAAUAGUUUCAUUAUUAGCACAUAGUAUUUUAAUAAUAAAUUUUACAUAAUAAUAAAUGACAAAUAUAACCGAAUAAAUCUAAUUUAUAAACUAAAAUGUUUGAUCUUCAUUCACCAUAUUUAAUUUUUGAUUUAUGAACAAUGGCAACCAUUAAAGUCCAUUUUGUAAAAUAUGGUAAGCAGCUCCAAGAGCCCAGCUUAUUUCGUGUCCGUCAAUAGUAUUUAAUAGCUAUAAGAUAUAAUAAUAUUGAUUAAAUUUUCAAAACCUAAAUAGAUAAUAAAUUUGUAUAUAAGCUAACCAACUUACAGAGACUGGUGUUUCUAUCGGUAAACCAAAUCCUUGUUCUAAUAACACAGAAAUAUAGGUCAAGUCAAGACAUUUGAAUGGACGUAAUUCAUUAUAAGCUGUUUGGGCACAUUCUA